AUGAGUAUCUUCCUCAACGGAAGUCUCCUCUCUUCCCCUGAGAAAUCACAAUUCACAGCCACAGCAUUGUCUUCAUCACCGGAUCCAGUCACGAAUUUCACAUCAUCGCAAAGCACGUUCAAAACAUCCCGUCAAGGGUCGGAGGAUCAAUCAGAGAAGAAGAGCGCCUACAGUAUCUCGAAUAUUCUGGAAAAGAAGGAAAAUAGCCCAGCAGCAAGCAGUUCAUCGGCCAGCGAUGACGAUACUGGAUCACCACGAUGCGGUUCUACUGAAGAGGAACAUGGAUCGACGACGGCGUCAGAUGCUCAACCAACCACAUCAGUAUUUCCACAUUUCCUUUUUCCUGGAACAGCUUUCCCACCCCCAACGACCGUAUCCGAACUUUCAUCACCGAUGGUCAUGCACAACUCAAUUGAUAUAUCUCCGGCCCAAAUUCAGCAAGCCUACCUCUCGUUUCUUGUCGGACAACAACUCAAUACAGCAGCAGUGGCAGCGGCAAAUCCAUUACGUAUCCUGGCUCAUGAUCAAGGUAUUACUUUUUUGUGGAUUUUGACGUCUAUUUACAUAAGAAUUGCAUAA